UGAUACACAGAGAUAAAAUAAAUACUAAUAAAUACGAAACAACGCGUUUGAUUAGUAUUUUUUACUUGAACACCAUAAUUGGAAAAUUCCGAUAAAUUCAUCUAAAUAUAAUCGAUUUAAUAUUGAAUCUAUCUGCUUUGUAGAUUCAUUUUUGCAUCUCCUGUUCAUUUCCAAAUUGUUGAAAUUAUUGUGCGCCGGAAAUUUAAAAAUUUGAAAAUAGGAGGAUUCUAUUUAAGAGCAAUGACGGAUUUACGACAAUUCGAUGGACUUGGCUUAUCCACGUACUUAAUGAGAAAGCUGCAAAGAAAAGGUAUCCUUACACGAUAUGAGUUGCUUAUGACCAGCAAUGAGGAAUUAAUAAAUCUCACUAGCCUACCGGAAGCAACGAUACUGGAAAUAAAACAAAAAUUGGGUGAAGAUUAUUUUCCUCGCCAACAAAGUCUUGUUGCUAACCAGUUAACCCAUAGGAAACUAUAUACUACCGGCAUUGAAAACUUAGACUCACUCUUGGCUAGGACACCGCUAAAAGCAGGCAGCGUAUGGGAAAUAUGUGGCAAAUCAGGUGCUGGCAAAACACAACUGUGUCACACAAUUGCCGUGAAUUUCGUGUCACAAUCGCAUGGCACACUUCUGUAUAUAGAUACCAAGUGUGACUUUUCAGGUACGCGCAUUAUGGAAAUACUACGCUGUCGAAAUGUGCCCAAUGACGAAUGUGGUCAUUUAAUGCAAAAUAUUUUGGUCGAGCGCAUAGACAAAGCCGAAGAUAUAUGUCCUAUUUUAGAAAAAGUUGCCGCUCAACCGAAAGCUGGCAACGUAUCAGAUGGUAUUAAUAUAAAAAUGAUUAUUAUUGAUGCGCUACCGGCUGUAUUCUUCACACUUCGUACUGAAACAGAUCGUUUAAAAGCUAAGGAACAUCAAAUCGCAAUCAUAUAUGUAAAUUUGUUAGUUAACAUUGAGGAGGAACAACAAUUAGCUGAAGAUGUGGAUAUACCAGAUUGCACUGAACUAUAUAAAGCUCGUGCAAUCUCACCAAAUCCUACGUGUGGCGCAAAUAUGCGACCCGCCUUAGGUGAAUAUUGGUAUCGGGCACCGCAUUUACGCCUAUCAAUGGAACAACAUGUAGAUUUUACUUCCAUGAGCGGCGAACGCACAGUGAAAAUACUAAGAAGUUGCUAUAGUGCUGCAGGUGGCAACUGUAAUAUACAUAUCACUCCAGCAGGUGUAUACUAAUUGCAAAGUAUGUAAUAAAAGACUUGGUAACUUUUAUGAAAA